UUUAAGACCCGGUCACACCUGUUGUCCAGAAACUCUCAUUUCAUUUGUUAUUAAUUGUAAUAUAAUUUAAUACUAUUAUUUUGGCUACAAACAAUGUCGUAUAUAUCAAGUUCUGAUGAGGAAACCGACUUUAAAGAGAUAAGCUCUACAAAUUACCAACGUGUGCAAGAAAAAGUCGCAAAAAUUAGCUACGCAGAUGGCAUUGCCGAUGGAAGGGAAAAAGUCUUCCAAGAGAGCUUCGACGAGGGCUUUGAGGAUGGAUUCAAAACUGGCUUCGAACUGGCCAAAUUCAGUGGCUUUUAUGAAACCCUGAAAAAUGCGGAGGCGGGAAGUCUAGAACUGACUACAGAACAAGAACUUUACCAACUACUGAAACUAGCAGAUGCCACGGAUAAGACGCACUUCAAAUAUCUGGAACAUCAAGGAGAACCUCUCAACGUUAUUUCGGAAAAACAAAGGACAUACGUAGAUGACCUUUUGGUGAAAUUUGAUCAGCAACUCCCAGCAACUACAAAUUUAUUCUCAUCGGGCAGCGACUCUAGUGUUAAUGUGGUUUAAUGCAUUUGUUUGGGAAUUAUCAAAAUUAACUGAAAAUAUAUCUGCUUGCGACUUAUAAAUAAAGGCCCUCGGGCGUGCCCUCCUUCUUCCGGUA